ACACUCUUUCACAAUUCGUAUUCUGCGUGCGAGCGUGCAAAUGUUUACUUUUUUUCAAUAUUUUUAAAUUCUGUUUUGUAAAUGCUUAAGCAAAAUUAGUAUGAAAAAACAGUGCCAUCCAUAUUAUUUAAAAAAUAACUUAAGCAGUUUAAACAGUAUUGUAUCUUUUAUAAUAAAAAAUGUUUUAUACAAUAAAGAUGGGUUGGUGGUCUUCAACAAACCUUACGGAAUCUUGCAGAAGCCAUCACAUCAGAGUAAAGGCGGUGUUACGAAAAGUACGUUGAACACUGCCGCUGUCGGCGACAGCAGUUAUUCCCUGCAAGAAGUACUGCCCUUUGUGGCUCAGGCAUUGAAGUGCCCUUCACUCCAAAUCGUGAAGACACCAGAGAGGUACGAGAGCGGGGUGGGCGUCCUGGCCUCCUCGGAAGUCGUGGCGGACAAAGUGCGGCAGAGCCUGAGGAGGGCCAAGCCCCUGCAGCGGCCCUCCAGCACGUACUGGGGGGUCGUGAUCGGGACGCCUCAGCCCGAGAGUGCCCGUAACAAGUUCGGCAUGAAGUUGAAGCCCAUGCCUGGUGGCGAUAAACAGGUGGUGCUGACGCGGGACUGGUCGCGGCUGUCUGUGCGUCGCGGGGAGGUGAAGCUGGCGAGCGUGUGCCACCGCACUCUCUGCCGGGACGCGGGCGGCCUGGCCGGCCUGGUGGAGGUGGCGACCACCAGCACCAAGUGGCACUUCGUGAGGCUGUACCUGUCCUACCUGCUGUCGCCACUGCUCGGGGACAACCUGCUGGGCUCCCGGGUGGCGGAGGUGCUGGGCCAGAAGGUGCUGCUGCCGCCGGGCAACGACGCUGCCAGGCUGCCUCAGAAGCUGAACGGAGAGCUGAUGAGUGCGCUGAGGCUGCAGCCGGGCUGGGAAGCGAUGGUGCCAGCCCACCUCCACCUGCACCAGCUGACCCUGAUUGGCUUCCAGGGCAAGGGGAAGGACUUGGUUCUCGAGGCGCCCGUUCCCGAAGUGUUCAGGCAGACGUGCGACUGGUUGGGGCUGGAGCUUCCCGGCGACGAAGACUUACAGUCCCGGACCGUUUCAUCGCGUAACGAUGUUGCCCACGGCUGAUGGCACAUCGUAGCUCUUAAUACAUCCAUGACAGUGUUUAUUUAUUCAUAUUUGUUUAUGCUAAUCUCGCAUAGCAAAAAUUCAGUCUGACAAUUUACAGAUUUUAUCCUUGUAUUUGUUAAGUAGUUUUUAUGAAGCCAUUUCAGUCUGUUUUCAACUUUAUCAUGUUAAAUGGUGAUUUCAUUCAACUGAAAUACUUGUGAUAACGUAAAAAAUAAAUUGGUUAAAUAGAGAUAAAA